ACUAGAAGCAGGAGGCUAAGCAGCCGACAGUUGCCAGAGUUUAGUAAUAAUUAUUGUUGGUGAAAACUACCGAAUCCAGUUCUCGAUCUGACAUUCACCGCGGAGCUCAAGAUCCCCUAAGGGUUGAAGAGUGCGCGAUGCGCCAGCCAUGAAAGCUCUAAUCACCGUGACUCGAUGGUACUUGGCAUUACAAAAGCCUAGGACUUGUAUCCAGUUCGUGCAGUCAGUACCUCUCGAGUAUUUCUUGAAGAGCUACUUUCGGACCGCGAUUUCGAGGCUUAGCGGUCUGAGAGGCAGGUCUGGGCCUCGUGCUUUACCGGUAAAUCGGUCGGUUCAGGUCGCAAAUGUGGGUAAGGUCAAGCAAAUUCCAUCCGGAUCGAGAGGAGCUCAUGAGGGACUGGCUCGAGAGGAGUCCCUCGUGGCGAGGAUCGCAAGGAGAUAUGGUCAUCGCGACACUCAGGCGGCUUCCCUUAGUCGUCAGGCCGUUCAGCGAAUCCUAGCAUUGCGGCAAUGCGUUCCUUUGUUGGGAUUGACAGGUUUGUGCCUUGUCGAUAAACCGAGCCUUGUAACUCCAGAUGAGGAACUGGAAGGCGUAUGUGUUGAAAUCCGGAAUAUUGUCGACAAGAUCAACUUCGACGUUGACACCCAAUCAAUGCUGACCAUCCCCGAAGAUAAGCAGAUCACCUUGUCAGACUUCGAAAUCGGCGAUCCCAUCGCCAAGGGUUGCAACGCGGUGGUUUAUCGAGCGCGCUACGAGCCCAAAGAACCUUCUUGUUCCUCGAUCAGAGAAGUGGAUGAGGAACUGGUCGACGCAAUCGCUGAGUCCCCGCCGCUGUCUUCGUCGCCUCCACGGAAAUAUGCCGCUGAGUUCGAAUCGCCGGCGGGUUCCGUCGACGUCCCGAUCGAGGUCGAGAAUGCCUCGACGGAUUCUUUCGACUUGGCCAUCAAAAUGAUGUUCAACUAUGACGCAGCGAGUAAUUCCGCCGCGAUCUGGAACUCCUUGGCUCGAGAAUGUGCUCCGACUGCGAACAAUCAAUUCUCGGAGACAAAAGAAACACAUUUGCCUUCACAUCCGUGUAUAGUGGACAUCAAGAUUACUUUCGCCGAUCGAGUUCCCCUGCUGCGAGGAGCCAAACAGCUCUACCCCCAUGCUCUACCUCCACGACUGAACGAUCAAGGAAUCGGUAGAAACGCUACAAUGUUUCUCGUGAUGAAAAGGUACAACUGCAGUCUCCGUGCAUUCCUGCGCCAGAAGUCGAAACAGAACGAAGCUCUAUCGGAGAAAAUGAAACUGUCUCUCAGCGUCCAAUUAUUCGAAGCUGUGGCUCACCUCGUACAAAACGGAGUCGCCCAUCGCGACUUGAAGUCUGACAACAUAUUAGUCGACAUCGGGAAUCGUCCCGGCGAGAUACAGGUGGCCCUAUCGGACUUCGGUUGCUGUCUGACCCGAGCAGAUUGCAUAAAACCUCUAAAACUCGCCUAUACUUCAAAGCAGGUUUCGAAAGGUGGAAAUCUCGCUCUGAUGCCGCCGGAAGUCCAGACGGCACAGGCAGGUCUCCUGAGUUUCAUCGAUUACUCCCGCGCAGAUCUCUGGAGCAUCGCGACCAUAGUCUACGAGAUCUAUGGGCAAGAGAAUCCGUUUUUCGAAGGGCAUCUCUCCGCCAGGAGCUACGCAGAUCGGGACGUGCCGGAGCUGCUCGGUGCUCCCCCGGUUGUUCGGACUCUGGUCAAACACUGCUUGAAACGAGAUCCCGCCCAGAGACCGACACCGGAACUCGCCGCGACCGUUCUCCAAAUGUUGUUACACGCACCCCGGACCCUGUUCUCUAUGGAAAACAAAGCCCCGCAGCGCGUCGUUCAAUGGCUGUGCGACUUGGCGGUCGACGCUCUUUUCGCGGCCCGGAAAGAGGAAGUUAACGAUCGACGCUCAGUGAAUCAAUCUCUCAAGCGCAUGUUCUUGGCAAAAGUCCGCCUGCACUUGGUCCUCGAAGCUAUCGAAUACAUCAAAUCCUGCAGAGACGAUGAUGCAGCAGAGCGAGAGGAUCAGGAGAACGAUGAACAGGCGGGGCAGGUUGACGAAAAAGCCGACGGAGCUCUGCGGACUUCGAAGCCCUUGGUUUCUCCACAGACAUCAAACCAGAACGUGUGAAGAGACUCCGUCGGGGAGGAUUUUCCUCGCAGUUUCUCGAUGAUCUGAUAUCCGAUUUUUCGGGAUCGAGCGUCGAAUCUUGUUGUUUCAGAGCUUUUGUCGGAGAGCCUUGAGACUCUUUGGAUUCUGAAAAUACAUAAUUAUGAAGAUAUUGUCAUAUGAUCGAACUCGAGAAGGGAUCCAGAUCGUAGAGCGCGACCAGCGGGCAGGGAAUGAUCCGUGGUAGUGUCGCGGUCGAUCCGAGCACAAAGUCGACAGUAGUUCUUGGGGAAACGAUAAGAUAUACUAUUUGAAGUUUACCCAGAUCGAGCAAAGGAUGAAUAAAGCUGUCAAUCAAUGAAUCCACU